GUGCUGUUGUAAUGGGGGGGCUGUGUCAGGCUCUCUGCGAUAGGGGGAGGAGGAGGAAGAGGAGGAUAGGGAGAUGAGGACCGGUUGCCUGCGCACAAAUGGAAGAAACAGGGAGUGCAGCAGUGUCUGCAAGAGGAGAGGAACAGAAUCUGCCUGGAAUGGAGGAAGACUAGAGCAGCUCUGCCGCUGUUGUCAGGGAUGCCCCCUCCUUAACAACCAGUGCCACACCGGAUUCUGCGUUUAAUGGGAAACAGACAGAACAGCUCUGAAAUGCCCAAAGGACCAGCUUUGAGCAUCCUAUGCCAACUCUAGAAUGAUGCUGAGGGCAGGAGGGGCAACCAUCUCUGUCAUACUGCUGCUGCUUCUGCCUCUGCUGUGCUGGUGCCACCUGUGUCACUCGCUGCGCGUUCCAAAACUCUCUUCCUAUGCAAAAGCAGAGGAUACGCUCUUUAAACAUCUAUUUGGAACCUACCAAAAAUGGGUCCGUCCUAUCGAGUAUUUAAACCAGACGAUCCCCGUAAAGUUCGGGUUGGCCAUCUCCCAGCUGGUUGACGUGGAUGAGAAAAAACAGUUAAUGACAACCAAUGUUUGGCUGAAACAGGAAUGGAUUGACAUGAAAUUGAGAUGGAAGCCGGAGGACUACCUGGGCAUCACAACGAUCCGUGUUCCAUCUGACAGAAUCUGGCUCCCAGAUGUUGUCCUUUAUGACAACUCAGAUGGACGUUUUGAGGGAACCGUCACAAAAGCUGUUGUCAAGUAUGAUGGAACUAUAUCUUGGAACCCUCCAGCUAAUUUCAAGUCAGCUUGCACCAUAGAUGUCACGUUCUUCCCUUUUGACCUCCAGAAUUGUUCAAUGAAGUUUGGAUCCUGGACCUACGAUGGCUCACAGGUGGACAUUAUUCUGGAGGACUUUCACGUGGACAAGAAAGACUACUUUGACAAUGGAGAAUGGGAGAUAGUAAAGGCCACAGGCAGUCGUGGUCUUAGGACCGAUGGCAGCACUUCCUAUCCCACCAUCACUUAUUUCUUCAUCAUUCGCAGGUUGCCUCUUUUUUACACUCUCUUCCUCAUCAUCCCUUGUAUCGGUUUAUCCUUCCUCACCAUCCUUGUGUUUUAUCUGCCCUCCAAUGGCAAUGAGAAGAUCUCCCUUUGUACCUCAGUGCUAGUGUCUCUCACUGUUUUUCUCCUUGUCAUUGAGGAGAUAAUCCCCUCCUCUUCGAAGGCCAUUCCUCUCAUUGGGGAGUAUCUGGUCUUCACCAUGAUUUUUGUCACCCUGUCCAUCAUCAUCACUGUUUUUGCUAUCAACAUUCACUAUCGCUCGUCUUCCACACAUCACGAUAUGGCGCCGUGGGUGAGAAGGAUUUUCCUUCACCGACUGCCUAAACUGCUGUGUAUGAGAAGUCAUGUGGACCGCUACGCCACAGCAGGGCUGGCUGGCAAAGGAAAGGUCACGGUACAGGAAAAGACAAAGGACUCAACACCGGAUCUCACCCACAUCCUGCACACUCGGCACAACCUCCAAACUGCCCUGGAGUCCAUUCGUUACAUAACCAUGCAUGUGGUCAAAGAAAAUCAAGUCAGAGAGGUGGUGCAGGACUGGAAGUACGUUGCCCAGGUGCUGGAUCGGAUGUUUCUGUGGGCUUUCUUCCUGGUGUCAGUCCUUGGCUCUGCUCUGCUCUUCGUUCCAGUCAUUUAUAAAUGGGCCAGUAUAAUUGUUCCCGACUAUGCUGGCAGUAUUCUAUAGAAGAAGACAUUUUGUUGGGCCGAAAAUACAAAGCAAAGCUCA